UGGAGUGAGGCAGCAGCUGUAUGAGUGAGUAACAGAGAGAGGUGUAGGAACAGAGACAGGAUGAUAUCUUAAUUAUAAGCUUCUAUAAUUGUCUCCUGACCAGACUGGAGGUUUCUUUUUCAGUUUGUUUUGGUUAUGGCUGAAAACUAAAGAAAAAUGAAUUUGAUAACCAUCUUAUCUGAUGAUUGAUACUCACAAACAGGAUAUUGUUAACUUCUAUUUAAAAAGAAAAACGCUUUUGAAGUUAUUCUAAAUUUGAAACGAUACACAAACUUUUGUUAUUGGUUUGAAGGAAUGUCAGUUUAGCAAUUAGACAAUAGAUUGUUACUUCACAUCAUCAUGCUGCUGGCUCUGCUUCUGGUUCUGAGACUUUGCUCUGACGCUCGCUCCUCCGAGUCCACGUCUAAAACUAUCCAGUACCGGGUUUGGGAGGAGCAGCCGACGGGAACUCGGGUCGGCCGUCUGGUGGAUGACCUCCGGCAGAGAGAUGAAGGCGGUCCUCUGGAGGAUUUCCAGGUGGUGGAGCACGGAAAAGCCCUUCCCUUCUCCAUCAGCACUCGAGACGGGGUCGUCACAACACAAGGCCGGCUGGACAGGGAGGAGCUGUGCAGCGGAUCGGAUCUGUGCGAGAUGGCGUUCAGCGUCCUCUACAGGAAGGGCGGUGCUGUAAACUGCCUGCGAGUUCGCGUGGAGGUGAUGGACCUGAAUGACCACAGUCCCAGCUUCCCCAGCGCUUUACAGGAAGUGGAGAUCUCAGAGACGGCUGGCCUCAGGAUGCGGAUCCCUUUGGACCGGGCCGUGGAUCCUGACGCAGGGCCUAAUAGCCUCCAAACAUACUCGCUGUCCGUCAAUCAACACUUCACUCUGGAUGUGACUGGUGGGGCAAAACAGGCGGAGCUGGUGGUGAUCAAAGAACUGGACAGGGAGGUUCAGGCCACAUUCGACCUGAUGCUGGUUGCAUGGGAUAAAGGGAACCCCCCAAGGUCCGGGAGCACCUUAGUACGUGUUAAUAUUCAGGAUUCAAAUGAUAACAGCCCUGUGUUUGAGGACAGCACCCCUACUGUGGAGCUAUCUGAGGAUACAGCCCGUGGGACAAUCAUCAUCAACCUCAAGGCCACGGAUCCCGACCAGGGUGCCAAUGGGCAAGUGGAAUAUUCGAUAAGCAAACACACAAGUCCGUUGGUUAAGAAGCUCUUCCUUGUUGAUCCAGAGACUGGAGCUGUGAGUAUCAAUGCUCCUUUGGACUACGAGGUCCAGCCCUCUUACGAAGUCAUCAUACAGGCCCGUGAUCGUGGGCCCAAUGCAAUCCCCACACACUGCAAACUGCACGUGAAGCUGAGAGAUGUGAACGACAACGCACCGAGGAUACACAUGAACUGGGCUCCAGCCAACUCACCUGUGGCGACUGUGCUGGAAGGAGCCAAAGAAGACACCUUCAUCGCUCUGGUGAUGGUUUCUGAUGCAGAUGCAAGAGAAAAUGGCAAAGUGAGAGCGCACAUUCAGCAAGGAUCUGGGCCUUUUCGCCUGAAACAUAUCCAGGGUGACAGUUACAUUAUUGUUACCAAUGGCACCCUGGACCGAGAAAAGGAGACACAUUACAACAUCACUGUCAUCGCCCAGGAUUAUGGGGAUCCCCCACUGUUUUUCGUCAAACAUCUGCUUGUCCAUGUUCUGGACGAGAACGACAAUGCCCCGGUGUUUUCCAACUCCCUCUAUAAGGCGUCCUUCAAGGAAAACAACGUGGCGGGCUACCACGCUCUCAAAGUUGAAGCCUACGAUGUGGACUUAGAGUUCAGUGGAAGAGUGUCUUACUCCAUACGCAACUUAAAUGAAGUGGAAAUGAGCGCAAUACCCUUCUCCAUCCACCAGACCAGUGGUGUCAUAAGCGUCCAGAAGCCGCUAGACUUUGAGGAAUCCCGCAGUUAUACUUUAAUGGUGGAGGCCAUUGACCAGGGUUAUCCACCUCUCACCAGCACGGCCUCGGUCCAAAUUGACAUCCAAGAUGUGAACGACAACUACCCAAUUAUCAAAGAGCCAAAACCCAGAAACGGUGUUGCUUUUCUAAAUGUACCAGUCAAUACAGACAAGGGGGAGAUUGUGACGGAGCUGGGGAAUGAAACGGAAGAUGGAUCCACACCUUUGCCGAUUAAUCGCUCAGUUGCAGAGGGGUUCGUUGGAUUCCUUGCGUCCACCAUAAAGGCCGAAGACCCAGACUCGGGGGUGAACGGACAACUCAGCUACCUCAUCACGGAUGAAAACCCUAAUGGACUGUUCUUGUUGGACGAGGCUACAGGCCAGCUGUUUGUUAACACCACUAAUGCUACUGAGCUAAUUGGGAAAACCUUUAAAGUCAACAUUGCUGUUUCUGACAUGGGCACUCCUAGCCUGACAACCAAGGCAAGUCUAGAGGUGACUUUCAUCAAUCUUAAAGACCAUCUGAAGAACUCCUCACCUGGUAACAGAAGUCAUCUCAGCUUCACUAUGAUGAUGGCGAUCUGUUUUGGUGGCACCUGUCUGCUGCUCCUGUUGGCCUUCGCUUUGGUGACGACCUUCUGCCGCCCCGAAAAACGUGACAGCCGGGCAUACAACUGCAGACAGGCCGAGUCCACCUACACCCGCCACCCUCGACGCCCCCAGAAGAACAUCAGGAAGUCUGACAUUCAGCUAAUUCCCGUCAUCAGAGGCCGAAAAGACGAUGAUAGUGAAUCCCAGCCACUGGCCCCGCCUCCAAUGACGUCAGACGAGGAACAAACUGAGAGGCAGUAUACCUUAACGCCAUCAGUCUUAAAUACAAGCUUCCAUUCCCAAGGCUUCCCAGAAGGGGAGUCCACCCACCACUGUAAAACGCUCCGGAAACCUGGAAAUAUCGAACUUGAUGGCACUUUGCCAUUAACACCCGCCACAUCGUACAGGACGCUUCGGAAAUCCAGGAACCCUUCUUCAUCUUCUUCUUCUGUGUCGCAUUCGAGCACCUUGAAGCGUCCAACUCACGUUAAAGAAGAGGAGGCACAGCAGAGUUCAUCCAGCCAGGCGACUCUCAGGAGGCCGAGGACUUCAGAGGGAAGAGGACCUGAAGCAGAACAUCGACAGAUGCUUAGAAACCUGGUUCGUCUGUCCAUGGCCGCCUUCGGAGACUCCAUCCAGCUUUCCUCAGCUUCCCCAGAAGUGCAGCAGAUCUCCCAGCUCCUCUCUCUCCUCCGGCAGGGUCAGCUGCAGCCUCGGACCAACUUCAGAGGAAACAAAUACUCUCACCGCAACGGCAGAUAUGGAGGUCAGGACUGUUCUGAUUGGCAGAGCACCAAAGACAGCGGACACGGUGAGAGCGAGGCUGGAGACGUCGACUGGGAACCGGGAAGAGACUCUCCUAUAGACCCCCAGCUGGAGGAGGGCCUCAACCACCUGCUCAACAACACAGACGACGUGUUCUCGGAGGUCAGCGAUCCGUCCUGGAUGGCCCGCCUCUCUCUCCCGCUCAGCAGUGAUUACCACGACAACGUCUUUGACCCCACCGGGCCACCGUCCCCUGAAAGUGAGCUUCCCCCCCGGGACACCCUGGACUCCUCCUCCUUCUCCACAUUCGGUAAGACUCCAGAGAAAGAGGGUCCUCUGGGGGGGGCGCUGCUCUCUGAGGUCAGCACCCUGUUUGAGAUGCUGAUGACCCAGAAAGCAGACUCUCACCCCGGCCCUCGACCCGACGUGCUGUACCGUCUCUCCGCUGCGUACCGACGCUCGCUGGGCCUCGAUGCUAACGCUACCAACGCUACCAACGCCCCAAAGCACUCUGGGAACUCUGGGAACUCUGAGAAGAGGCCCGACCACACUGCACCGCCUGGACUUUACCAAUAACAGUAACGUCCGUUCACUGAACACUGGAAAGACUCUGGGUAGGAGGAGGAUUUCAGAGGCAUUAUGUGAUGCAAUAUGAUUUGAAUGACUGUAAAUAAAUCCACGAUGAAUCAUUUUUUGUAGAAUCACAACUUCAGGAUGGGUCACGUUCAACACUUCUGUAGCAAAACUGAAAUGAACGAGAGUCUGAGGUUGCGUGUCUGAAAUACAUAAAACAUUCAAAUGAAUACCAUAAAAUGCCAGCUCUAACUGAAGGCUUUGUUGAAAAUGUAGGUCUUCAACGCGCUCUUAAAAGUUUGGACACUGUCUGCCUCUCUGAUGAAAACAGCAAGUAGGUUCCAGAGAAAAGGAGCUUGGACUCCUGAUCUGAAAUAUGAUUUGAAUGACUGUAAAUAAAUCCACGAUGAAUCAU